AUGGAGCUUCAGAGGACGUUCACAGAGCAUGAAGUUUCGGAGGUUUACAAAGCCAUCCGCAAGCAAACGGGAAGUCUAGGAGGUAACGCAGCAGGUGGAGCCAUCUACGGAGAGAUUACACAAGCUUCAUUUCAACGGGUAGUCGACUAUCUUAAAGACAAUUGUGAACUUACAACGACCAGUUGUUUCGUGGACGUGGGCUCUGGACUUGGUAAGCCCAAUUUUCACGUGUCUGUGGAUCCUGGUGUACAGGUCUCCUACGGCAUUGAACUUGAGGAGUUACGCUGGCAUUUGUCGUUGCACAACUUGCGCAGCGUCUUGUCGCUGGAUUCACAGCAUCACAAACAUCUUUCGACGGUGUUUACCGUCGGGGACAUCACACACGCACACACGUUCGAACCAUUUUCACACGUGUAUAGUUUUGACGUGGGCUUUCCACCGGAUGUGAUGCACAAGAUGGCGGAUAUGUUUAACCGUAGCUCAGGCAAAUACUUUGUCAGCUUUCAUUCGCCACGGAAAGUUGUGGACGCGUACGGGUUCUCGGUCGAAAACAUUGGACGAGUGGCUACAUCGAUGGCAGGCUCAAGUGAGGGACACCAGUGCUACUUUUAUCGACGCGUGGUGGCGACUGAUGAGGAAAGUGAACCAGAAAGUGAGCAAGUGGCUGUGAAGAUGUCUCCACCCAACAAUGCAAGCUGCCCACCGCUGUCUGUAGAUCCUCUUUUCAGCAGAGGCAUCGAGCUGCUGAAGGGCGGCCGUGAUGGCAUGCUCUUGUGGAUCGACGACUUUUUUGGCCAGGUGAAUGCAGGACGAACCCGUCGACAAAAGCGCGAGUUGCGCGAGCGACCGAUGGACUCUUACUACCCCACGGUCAAGUCGUACGUUGUUGCGACUUCUGGUAGUUUACCGCAGCAAGAAAAGAAGAAAACGACGAGGUCGACGAAGCGCAAUCUACGUGUCUAG